AUGCCUAACGCGGGUAUAGAUGCACUAUUCUUCAACUCGCUCGCGCCAUCUGCGCCCAGUCCACUCAGGAACCAACUCCUUGCGCUCCCUCAUGACACACUCCUCACCGUGGACACGUUGCUGCGCUUCGUACUAGGUGCGCAAUGUCCUGAGGACGCGCCGCAGGCCCUACGUUCAUCUUGGACUGCUGCCCAGCAGGAGGUCGCCCAGCGCGUGCAUCAGCUCAAGGAUAAUAACUUGAGCUCGGACAGCGAACACGACAGCCGUAAACGCGCGCGCGAUGACGAGCCGGUCACGAACGCCAAGCGUGCUAAAACCUCGCAGGACAAUGACACUGCGGCCUCUAGUACCAUCGCGAAUGAUCUCCCACUCUUCACCCUGCACGCACUCUCACUGACGUCGCCGAUCCGAAAGAAGGCCGAUAUCACGGUGCACGAGCACACCCUCCGGAUCACACAUCCGUCGACGCAUGCCACCGAACAUCUGCCCAUUGCGCUAUCUGUGAUCCGUCGUGCCUUCUUAUUACCUACCCGCGGGAAGACAAAACAGCACUGGUCCAUUAUUCUCAUGCCGAGCGACGUACCUACUAGCGGAAGCAAGGCCGCCAAGGAGCAAGCGAAAGACGAGGCGCCGCCAAUAGUGUUCGGAGUCGAUGCGACACCAAAUACCUUCAGCACGACGGGGUAUGGCCCCGAUGGCACGCCACAGACGACUACUCAUCCGAAAGGCACACCUGUCGUAUCAUCACUGCGUUCGUUCCUUGAGCGGCUGUCCGUCCGCGUCCUGGAGCCGUCCACGGACAUCUUCCGCUCAGCAAUACCCGGAAAUGCAGGUGUAGAUGGCGUCGCCGGUGUCGAGGCGUACCGCGGCGCGAAGCCGGGCACGCUAUGGUUCUUCUCCGAGGGCGUCUUAUGGGACGGGCGGCCGGCGGAAUUCUUUGCGUUGCGCGACCUAGCGCGGAACGGGAGCGCAGGCGAAGUGGAAGGUGUGCGCACGAUCAGCGCCACAGGGCGGACUUGCUCGGUUAUCCUGCGGCGUAUCGAGGGCGAGGGCGUCGCCGAAGCAGCUGAGGACGACGCGGAGGACGAGGAGCCUGAGGAGCGGACAGUGGACGUGGACUUUGGGAUGGUGGACGGGAAGGAACAGGAGGGCAUCACGCGAUGGGCGAGGCAGCACCGGCACCUGUUUGGCAAACGGGACGUGCCGCCGGCAGAGGACAAGGGGAAGGGGAAGGCUGUUGCACCUGUCGCGGACGAAGCCUCAGACGAGGAGGACUCGGAUUUUGUGGACGAAGCAUCGUCCGAUGGGGGCUCAGCCACGAGCGACUCGGAAUCAGAGUCGGGAGAUGCGCAGUCGGUCGAGGAGGGCGAUGCGCAGGCGUCGGACGAU